UAUGAUGAUAUCAUCGAAUUGCUGAUGAAAUCAAAUCGCACAAUGUCAUAUCGUCAUGCAUAUUGUGCGUCUAGUGCGCUUGGUUCGUCUAGCUUCAACAUAAAGAAGCUUUACUCAUAAAAACUUAUUAUUCGUACAAGUGAGCAACGCAUUACGUAUUAUGUGGAGAGCGGAAGCGGGUAUGGUCUCCUACUUGCGCCACCCCGUACAACAGUCGGAGUAUGUAUUAUUUUUGCAACAGUAUUUGCGUUGAAACAUAUUCAUAAAUCGGUAGUUCAAGAGUUUAGCCGAUGGGCAGCUAUCUUCAUUUGGAAGGUCAGACGAUUGAUAUGGGUUCGCCGUCGUCCAUGAAAGAAGUACAUAAAUAGUACUGUAGAGACUGGAAACAGAAUCAUUGUUAUGGGGGACCGAAAGGAUGUCGACGGGAAAUUACUUUACCGGUUAGCAGCUUCCGUUCACCAACCAGGGAAUUGGUUUGACCAGGUGCGCGGUGACCAUACUUUCUUGCUGGGGGAUUUAUUUCGAAGGCUUCGUCGGGGUCCUGUGUUGUUCUGUUGGGGAAAUUUUGUCCUCCGACUUUUUCUAUACACUUGCAUGGCGGCAGGUGCAUACUUAACAAUUUAUCUGUUAAGUAAGCCGGACUACGUAGACCGGCUUGAGCUGUACAACGUGGGAAUCGGAUUCUCAUGUGUUUUCCUCUUAUGCAUUCCCUACUUAGUGUACAUUAGCUACUACGUGAGCUGGCCCGACUUACGUACCUCCCUACAGACUUCUGAAAUUGUAUCGGCUUCCGAACUGUACGAGAGGAUCCAGACGGUCCGAUCAGGCCGGCCAUGGCUGGGAUGGACAAUUGACUGCCACCAUAUGAUUACGGAAGACCUUGGCGAAGGCGGGACUCGCGAAGUCCCAGAAACCACCUGGAGCGGUAAGGAAGAAUUCAGAUGCGCGGACGUACAGGAUGCUUCUGACCCGCCAGCAUUUCCGUUUCCCGACACACCGAACACGACCGUUCAAAUAAUUCAUUUCUGGAAAAUAUUUCGUUUCGCCGAUGACAGCACUGCCGCAGCAUUCAACCACAUGGAAACCAAUGUCCGCGAAGCUAAUCAUUUUCGCGAUAACAAUGUUCCGUACAAACAUUGUUCGACAUCCCCGGGUUCCAAGGGACUCUGGUAGUAUUCCCGCAGCGUAGGCCGUUGUUGUACCGCAAAUGGUUGUAUGUGGUGGCGCUGUGUUUGCUGCUGGAUGUACCCUAUCUGUGUUUCCUUAAUCUGUCCGUGGCAGAGAUUAAGGAGCACCGCUACGUGUACGUCAAAGAAUUUGCGAAACCGCUGGAUUUGAUUACCUCUGAAAAUUUAGUGCAAAUGUCUGAACAUAUUAAUACUGCAUAAACGCGCUUUAAAAGCUGUACUAAGGCUUGCAAUAUUAUGAUCCCCUCAACGAAAGAAUAAAAGUGUACCUGUCUUCACUAAUUAGUGAGGGAGUAAGCCAACUACCGUGCCGUAUAGUAUGUUGGCGGCUUCUUCCGACGCUACCGGGGACACUUAAUAUUCAGUUACUAUUCACUAUCGAGCGAACUUGCUCCGCAGGUCAUGUGGUGAUGUGUCGUGUCGUGCAGCAUUACAAGUACACAAACUCGGGCAUUGUUGGCCGAGUAAGGAUGGAAAGAACACGGACAGCAAAAAGAAGGUGUGUAAGGACCGUUCGUUGGACUUUACAGCGGUUGUCGUGGUUUUUUCGAGAAAUGGAGUUUAGGUAACGCCUUGAAAAAUUGAUUCAAAUCCGUUAUGGAAAUUUACCUUUGUAACAGUUUUGCUUGAUUUCUGUUUAUUAACAGUCAAAGUUUCACUGGACUGAGGUAAUAAGUGGUCUUCCCAUUGCAUUUUAA